AGCUUUCCGAUUCAUACACAGCGCGCCUCACAAGAGUGUGUGGCCACUCGAAGACGAUCAGUGCACGCUGGUGCUUUGCUGUGAUCACUCGCGAUCGCGUCUCUCGCUCUAAAGUGUGAUCAUUCCUUAAUCGCAAGAGUUCAAUUGGCGGCGCACGUGUGUUUGGGUGUCUUCUCUUGUGUGAAAUUAUUAAGAAUUUUAGCAGGGAAAUAUCAGUUCCGGGAUUAUUUGCUUGGAAGAGCCGACAAAAAAUUCACAGUCAGCAAAACUCAAUAAAAUUAGCAAGUGUUACAUCGCGCCAUGCAUUUUGGCGCUGGGACGUAAAAAUGAUUUGUGCUUAAGCUCAUUUGUGUGUUGAGUCAUUAAGAGAGCGGAGAAACUUGAGUGGAAGAACUUCCUCUGAAAGUGAUACUCGUGGGUAAUAUUAAUCUCUGGGGACUGUGAAGUGUCGUGCUAAAAAUGAAGCUAAUCAAUUUCCUGGCCAUUGCUGCCUUUCUGUGUGUUUUCCCCGCAACAAUAUUUGGACAGACUUUCAAAGGCACACCAAUUAAUCAGGGGCCCGUGGGCGCUCACAGGGUGAUUCCGCGGACAGAUUUCUCAUGCCGUGGGCGACCGGCUGGCUAUUAUGCGGACAUCGAGACCGGCUGCGAAAUAUACCACAUGUGUGACGGUCUAGGUCGCCAGUUCAGCUACGCCUGUCCCAACACAACACUCUUCCAGCAGCGGAUGUUGAUCUGCGAUCACUGGUACAUGGUGAACUGCUCGCGCGCCGAGAGCAACUACGCGGCCAACUUGCUGAUCGGUCAGCGCGACAAGCCCUUCGUGGGUGAGGAGGAGCACGAGCUGAGAACUCCGCGACCAGAUCUCCUCGAUCGUCCGUAUUCGCCAGACUACUCAGGGGAAUCCUUCAGGAAGCACUUCAAGACAACGCCAGCGGUCCAGAAUACGAUUUUGGGCAGGAGCGGCGAUGCGAAGGCCUCUGGCAAGACAAUCGAGAGCGAGGGAUCUCUUGAGACGGCCCAUUCAAAUUAUCAAGGACCUCAGCUCUUCUUGCCGAUUCACUGGAGCACGAAAAGUGGCGCUGACGCAACAGCUUCUGUCCGGCGAGAUGUGAAAAAUGAGGAAUUCGUGCCGGGCAAUCGGCGGGUGGAUGAAGUGGCUGCAACGGCUGAUGACGGAAAGGCUGAGAUCAUUGUCUUGCCGUCGCCAACGGGCUUUGCUGUGCCGUCUAAGCCAGUGCCAACAGCACCUCCCGUGAAGAAUGCUUCGGUGAAGAAGCCCUCAUUGCUUUAUGAGCCACCUUUUCUUCUGCCAGACUACAAUCGCAAUGUCCGACCGCAGACAGUUCAAGCGGCACAGACAACAACCGGGCUGCCGCCUCUGCUCAAUACGCCACAGAUUCAGAGUACAGGGAAGCCUUUCACUGCGUCCGGUGUGAAGGAUCCUGUCAACGAGAAGGUGUCGAAGACGAGGAAUGUCCCGCGAACAGAGCCACCAGUGUCUCCAACUCCGAGGAUUCUCUCACAGAAUCCAUUCAUUGCCAAUUCUCUUCUGACAGCGAAGCCCACAACUGUUGGCACUCAGCAGCUCAACAACAGACCCAAUCCCACGUUUCCUCAGCCCGCUCGAGAUCUCCUGCCGCCACGGAUAGAUCACAGACAGCACGAUGACGCCACCACUGAAGGUCCUCCGAUAUACUACGAAUGGAAGUGGGCAGUGCCUGCCUUCGUCCUGGAGCCACCGAAGCCCAUCAAUGACUCCACAGUGUCUGCCACGAAGAAGGAGCCAAGCACUCAGGCUUCAGUGCCGAAGGAAUACGCCCACAAUCCUUUCCUGAGUCGCGCCUUUGCUGGCAAAAGCGCUUCUCCGACGCCAAAUCGAAGUUCCACAGCUCGUGCCUUUUCUCCUCCCAAUCGCGCUUCUUCCACGGAGAAGCCGAAGGCCCGGGAGCCCACUAAUGACUACAAUGAGCUGAAGAAAUCCCUCCUCAUUCCCGACUUUGAGUUUCCACUUGAGAAGGAUGUGCGCGGAUUUGAGCAGAAGGAGGCGAAGAACUCCUUCCAACUCGUGAUUCCCACAAAGAGCGACAAGCCGUGGUACGGGGAGAACCCCAAGUGUCCCGAUUGCCAUCCAGCUUACGUCCAGCCAGGCACCUGUGAGCCCUGCAUCAGAAUCAGAUAGUGCGGCAGGUGGUACAAGAAGUUUAACUGUUAGAUGUCUCGUAGCCAGUCAAAUAAGUCUCUUCUACGCUAAGUUCUGUGUGCGCAAUACUCUUGAUUUGCAAUACUGGGAAGAAUUUGGUCAUAACUCAGUGACAAAACAAUUCUAUGAAAUAAAAAGAUAAUUUUAGUAAAUAAAGACUUACAAAUUGA